CUUUUUUAAUUUUUCCUGUAUUAUUUUUUUUUUUCAAACCUCUUUUUUUUAAAAAAAAAAAAAAAAAUAAUAAUAAUACAGAAAUCUCCAGACUUUUUUUUUCUCUUUCUUUUUUUAUAUCUGUAAUAAGAAAAAGAAAAAAGUAGUAGCUAUGGCACGUGAGACUGGUGGUGCCGUUCCUCAUAAAGGGUGUAACUCCUCCAGUUGUUGCUCUCCAGCAAAACUAUGGCGUACUAUGCAAACACUGAUCAAGGAGAAUGAUAAACGCGGCCUCAUCCAUUUCUUUAAGGACGCCAGACUCGAACAUAUCGUUCGUGUCGCCCUCACUUCUCGAAUCACCAAUGACGCAAGUAUGUUACCCGCUUCACAGCAACACAAAAUCGUCAAAUUAUCCCAUCCUAAAUCUUCACUCUAUCUUGGAAAAUCCUUUUCGGACCUCAAUUCGCUUCAGUUGGCUCUCAUCUCUGCAGAGGAACAAACUGUCCUUCUUUUCCUAUCCCUCUUGAGAUCCCACGCUACCCAGGAUGAACUCAAGAUCUUUGUCAAUCAUAUCUACGGUCAAGGAAAUACUUCUUUGCAUCUCGCCGUCUUUCUUCGUCGCUAUGCCGUAGUCAAAGUUCUCAUCGAAUUAGGUUCCAAACUCCAUCAUUCUAACGCCAGGCACAAGAUACCCGUGGACUGCUGUUAUGAUGGGGAUCAACAAAUGAUCGCUCUGUUAAAUCCUCCUCCGCCUACUUUGGCUGAUCCUGCUCCUCCUGCUCCUCCUGUUCCUGCCGCUGUUAAUGCUAAUGCUAAUGCUGAUGCUGUUUCUGUAGUUUCUACUACUUGUGAUGCUGAUGCUGCUGCUGCUGCUGAUAAUGUUCUUGAAACAAUAGAACAGGUGGUCAUGCCCAAAGAAGGAGAGGAAAAUCCCAUUGUUGUUGUUAUGGACACGGUGAUUGCUAAGGACACGCCAGUACAGACUGUUGUCAAUCCCCUUAUCGAGGACAUGACCCUGUGGGUGGCAUCUAUCAUGAAACAUGUAAACAAGAUAGAUUUCAAUCUGAUCAUUCAACAAAUAAUACAAGAAAAACAAUACAUGGAUGCACAUUAUGUAUCUUUGCCUCAACUCAAGAAGCCUCCUGAUAUACCAUCCUGUUUGUUACUUGCUUACUAAACAUGAUUACCUUUUUUUCUCUUUUUUUUACCCUUCCAUUCAUUUUGAUUUUUAUCAGAUGUAUCUGUUAUAUUAUUUUUUUUUUCCCCUCCCACCCCCUUUUUUAUUAUUAUUAUCCCUGUGUGUGAUUAUUAUGCUACCAAUUAUUAUUUAUUUAUAUAUAUACAUAUAUACAUAAUUUUUUUUUUAUGAAUGGAACUUUGUAGACAAAAAAAAAAAAAAAAAAAAACAAUCUUCCACUCUUUUUUUAACAACAAAAAAAAAAAAUAUCAAAUCUCUGGAAC